CCCUCAGCAUACAACGUGAAUCCCGUCGUGCCCCUGAAACGACCGCGACCACGCGACGACGCCAUCAGCACUUCUCCUCGACCCUCUCACCAGGGCCUGCCGCCGUCCCGGUCGCAUACUCCCCUAUCGCAGAGUCAGCAACUCGCGUACCAGAUCUACCAGAAUAAUCAACCGCAACCUCAACGCCAAUUCACCCCCGUUGGCUACAACAAUUCGCAUCUACACAAUGUCGGAUCGGCAAAUGCUUCUCCCUCCCCUGUCAUGUCCAACCAAACCUUCAACCCGCAGGUAAAUUCUGCUCCAAAACGCGUCGCGACUCAAUCGCCAUCCCCUUUCUCGCCCGCGGCUUCACAACAGGGAUUCAUGUCGCAAGGAUCACCACCACCGAGUCACACUCCACGCGUCGAUACUCCACAGAACGGCAUCGAUAUGCGCCAGUCCUACUCGCAAGCGUACACACAAGGGUUCCAGUCUCCCGCGCCGACCGCUUCGGCAUCGCCGCAGCAACACGCGCAUCAACAGGCGCAGCAGCAGCGAUACAUGCAGCAACAGGCGCAGGCAAUGGCCGCACAGGGGGGACCGAUGAAUCCGAUGCAAAUGUCGCCGCAGGGUAAUCCGAACGCGAUGGGACCGGGUCAGCCGAUGCAGCGACCACAGCCGCAGAAUUCGGCGACUCCCGUCCAACGGACAACAACGGACCAGCCACAGUUCAUGCGCAGCUUACACGAGUUCAUGAUGAAGCGCGGGACUCCGAUACAACGGACCCCGAUCAUCGGAGACAAGCCGCUCAAUAUCGCGAACCUCUACGCCACUGUGCUCAAACUUGGCGGAUCGCAACGAGUGCAGAUGGAGGGAAAGUGGCCGCAGAUCGCCAUGAGUAUGGGUAUCUCAAUCGACCAGUUUCCGAUGAGCGUCAGUGAAGUGGCGGAAGUCUUCAGCGAGUACCUCGCGCCGUACGAGGAAGCUUGGAUGCGGAGUCAGAGGAUGCGGCAUGUACAGGUUCAGAACCAGUCUCCCUUACAAGGACAGCCGAGAGCAGGUUCUAACGGGCUUGGGAUGCAGCAGCAGCAGCAGCAACAGCAACAACAUCACCAGCAGCAGCAACCGGGUCCCCAAAGACCCCAAGGUCCGUCCAUGCAGAACCGACCUCCGAUGCAGAACGGGUAUGGGCCCCAGCAGCCACCUGUGCGACAACCGAUGCCGCUUCAACAACCCCCUAGCACACCAAGCCGAGCCUCAAUCGAGGCGACACCUCCUCCGGUUCACAUGACUCCUGGCUUCCCCAUGGGUAAGUCGCAACCCGACUUUUCCAUGGGUGCUCCGGCAUCGCCGCGAGAAACCCAACCGUUGUUCAAGCCGAAAGUGAGAGUACUGGACACGCACGGAGGACUCGAUGUACGGGUCAUGCAAGGGCUCGGGUUCGAGGUCUCCCAUCACAGACCAAUGGCGCCGACAUAUCACGAAUUGGGAUUGAUCGAUAUACAUGCCUUGACGAUGAUGUUGAAGUCCGGUAUCACUGCGGAAAUCAAGGUCGCGCUGGAUACUUUGGCUACGGUCUCGGUCGAGGCGCGACAGUCCAUCGCGUUGGAAAGCUGCGAAGACCUUCUGGAAGCAUUGGUGGAUGUUGCCGAGACUCAGGUCGAGUUCUUGGGCGAUCAUGCACCCGAGGGAGCCGAACACAUGUCAUUGAUGGCUUACGAGGAUGUGCUGAGAGCUUGUCGGACCGAGGGAGGCUCGAUGCUCGAUGUAUCGCGGUUCGGCUCGCUAGAAAACGACCUCGAGCGGGCCACCGACAAGCUCAUCUGCAUCACAACGAUCCUGCGAAAUCUCUCGUUCUUCGAGUCGAACCACAACGCCCUCGCCGGUCCCAAUGUGGUGCGCUUCGUCUCCGGUGUCAUCGAACGACUCGGAGCCUGUCCCCUGUUUCUGCGAUCCUACAUCGGUCUGUUGGACUUCAUGAAGGAUACCGUCAUCUACCUCUCGAACCUUGCACAUGCGAUCGUGAUCCCAACCGAGGAAGAGGCACUGAACCUUUUACAUUUGAUUUUGGCUUUCGCUCCGCAACCACUCCCGCACAUCUCCGGCCGGGAAUCUAUAAUGUUUACGCCCUAUUCUCCUUCCAUUCAUCGUUACCUUCCUCCGGCCGUCGACACUCUGGCCAAGCUACUGGCACGGGAUGACCCGAACCGUGUAUUCUUCCGCACCAUCUUCCUGUCCGAAUCCAACACCAAUCUACCUUACGAUCUUUUAACGCGUUCGUUUGCACUGGCAAUCUCUCCGAUCCCCGACAACAACCGACCCAUGCUACAGCAGGCAGUUGAGGCACGCAGACCGAUACUCGAACAGGGCCUUCUCGCUGCCGAGAUUCUGGCGCAGAUGUGUCCUGUCGGCGACCACUGUCUCGCCAGGCAAUGGCUUGCAUCGGAGGAUGGCUUCGCACUGAGUCUAUUGCGGCUUGUCUGCCUGCUCAGCCCGCAAGCCAGUCCUAUGGUCCAAGGGCGGCCUCCACGAGGAAUGGACCGGGAUGACAUGAUGCCGUUCAUGAGGAUCACACAUCGUGGCAUGAAUGUACUACGAACACUCCUAAAGAAGGCGCAGGAGACGACGGGCGAAGACUUGGAACUGCCGGUCGGUGUACUGCCGAAGAAGGAAAGUCUAUUGGGAGCCUUGUUGACGGUGUCAAUUGAUGGGGUGAUCGUGAAGGAGUUGUGUAGUUACGCAGGACUG